AUGCAACGGCUGCCUCCAGAAGAUGAACCACCAAGUUUCGAACUUCCUCAACUGCCUCCAUGGAAAACACGACACAUAAAGCAAAGUAACCAGCAAACUCCCCUUCGAAGACCGCGUUGUAUCCUUGGCGCACCAUAUGAAACAGGAUCGUCAUUCCAGCCGUUAUCUUCAGCAGCUAUUGAUGCUGCAUCCACAAAGCAGUUACAGAAAGAAUACGAUUAUUCUGUGUUUAAUAAAAGCCGGCUUCUAACAGAAAGCAAAAUAGACCAGUAUUUGAAAAGCGAGAUCGCGACACACAAACGUGUAUUCCAUAGAGAUAAGGUCCACGAUGAUAGUUACCGGCCAGAUCUUCAACCUUUGUGUUGUGACAGUUCAGAUGAGGAGAGCGACUUGAUUUCUAAACGUUUGCAUAACCAACGAGUGGAGAGGCCGUUGGUAGUUAGCAUGCCUGGUCUAAGACCUGAAGAAAUACAGCUGGAUGCAGCUAAGAAUCUUAAGAAGGGAGCAGAAUACAGUUCAGAGGGAGAUGAUGAGAUAGAACUAAGGAGGUAUUGGGACUGGUCGGCCCUAAGCAAAAGUUUGGGCCCACGCGAGUACCAUAUGUUGAACAGGAUUUUACAGAAAGAGGUUCAGUUGCAAGAGCAUUUCCGUGAGGUACUCAAGAAAGGCGAUAGAUAUAAAAGAAAUCCAGAUCGUAAUGACGAUGAGACGUAUUUGGAAUUGAAGCAGUACGCUCACAAAUGCUAUGAGGAGGAUAAUUGUGUUUUCAACAUGGAUGACUUGAUCGUACACAUGACAAGCCAACGGUAA